AUGCUUAUGUGUUGGUCGAUAAGAAAAGGUUACGAUCGUUCAUCAUCUCGACGCAGGAUCGUCGUUUGGGAGGCUUUGGCAAAUUUAGCGACGUCGUGCCAGAUGUCUUGCAUACGUGCUGUAGUAUUUCCGCUUUAUCGAUGUUGGAUGAGCCCGAUCUGCAAGCACUGUGGCCACCGCUGA